AUGCUAGAAUUAUCCCAUCCACACCCGCGUGUGGUCGACAUAAUAGAAGUUUUUGAGAGUGCCACAGAAUUAAUACUUAUCACCGAAUAUUGUUCUGGCGGUGAGUUAUUCCAUGAAUGUGUCAUUGAAGAAUCAUUCAAAGAAAGUGAUGUUGUCCGGUUACUCGGAGAGAUACUUGAUGGAGUUUUAUUCCUGCAUCAUAAAAAUAUUUUGCAUCUUGACCUGAAGCCUCAAAAUAUUUUACUGACCAAACCUUUUCCUGAUGGUAACGUAAAAAUCUGUGAUUUAGGGCUUGCUUGUCUGGUGAAUGCUGGUGAGGAUAUUCGUGAGAUUGUUGGCACCCCAGAUUAUGUGGCCCCAGAAGUGUUAAGCUACGAACCCUUGGGACUGUCAACAGACAUGUGGAGUCUCGGUGUACUUACCUAUGUUAUGUUGACAGCUUGUUCUCCAUUUGGAGGAGAUACAAAACAAGAGACUUUUCUGAAUAUAUCUCAAGUGAAUCUGGACUUCCCUGACUAUUUGUUUGAACACAUCAGCUAUGGGGCUAUUGACUUCAUGAAACGCUUGCUGGUUAAAGAUCCGCGAGGUCGUAUGGAUGCUGCACAGUGUCUGAGCCAUCCAUGGAUCCGGGGUCAUCCAGUUCCACGACCAGCUAUGUUAGACACUGAUGGAAAUGAAGAUGAAGAUGAAGAUGAUGCCGUAUUAGAAACGGAGGAAAACCAUACAAAUGCUAUUUCUCCUUCGUCAUCAGACAAGUGUGGCUGUCAAAAAGAUGUCACGUCAUUAUCCUUGAGUCCCUGUGGACAAAGUUCUCCUGUCCCUCAGGUGAAGGGUCAACAGACAAAGAAAAAAAAAGAACGAACUGGCAGUGGGGAUGGUAAGCUGAUGGGAGACAGUGUGGAGGGGUCGGUGGAUAGUGGUGAUCUGGGUGAAGACGAUAUUGUGAGUGAUGUGGAAGACAAGAUCUUGGCCAGAAAAGAGACUGCAUCAACAACGAUUACAAGGGGAGAAGAAAACCUUGCUAAAGAUGAGAGACAGAAUACGAAGGCAGCCGAUUCAUCUUAUUCAUACGCCCUGAAUGGGGACAUUAGCGAAGAUGAUUCUGGCUGUGUGGACUCUGUAAACAACAACAGCUCAGCAUGUAACGAUGAAUCCGAUGCUUGA